UUAUCUUGUGUGAAGUCCCCUGCAGGUGAAACCGUCUCACUGUCCCGCUUCACUCUCACAACUUCACUUUUUUUUGCACACCGUCUUUUUCUUCCGUUCUUUAUGUCAUUUCCUGUGAUGAAAAAUGGUGGUCCAAGCUGCUCAGCGAGGCGACUGAGUCUCUGCUAAAAAAAAAAAUUUAAUUCAGCCCAGAAACUUGAAGCAUCAGCUGCAGCUGGGGGGGCUCGGUGCUCCGCAGCCGGGGGAGGGAGAGUCGAGCUUCACCCGGGCCGGGACAGAGGCUCCGUGUCCCCGCUGCGUCUCUGCACACGAGUUGUGAUGAGCUGAUUUCCACCAACAUGGUUCCACCAUGAGCGAGCCGUCAUUGGACCUCUGGUUCUGCGAGGACUGCCAGGACUACUUCCACGAGUGUCCGUCCCACGGGCCGCCGCCGCUUGUCCCCGACACCCCGGCGCCGCCGGGCUCGGCCAAUAGGGCGGCGCUGACGGUCCCGUCCGGCCUGGAGGUCUUCACCGAGGGGGGGCAGGUGGACGUUCGCUGCCUGGAGCCAAACUUCCCCAAGGGGGCGGUCUUCGGCCCGUACGAGGGACAGCUGGUGUCCAAGGACCAGUCCUCUGGAUCCUUCUCCUGGAUCAUUGUUGACGUCAACAACACGUACGAGUCCAUCGACGGCAGCGACGCCACCAGAGCCAACUGGAUGAGGUUUGUGCGGACGUCUUCGGAGGAGAGCGACAGGAACUUGACGGCGUUCCAGCGCGGUAGGAACAUUUACUUCAGCGUGUGUCGGCCGCUGGCGGCGGGAGAGAGGCUGAGGGUCUGGUACAGCCAGGACUACAUCCAGAGCCUCCACAGGGUCUCUCAGGACCGCAUCGGCCAGAACCUGGACUCAGAUUCGGUGAAGCCGGCGGUCCUGCCGAACCACCAGGAGAACUCUAAGUCUCGGUGUGUGCAGUCGGCUCUGCAGGCUAAACCCAGCGAGGAGUGGGUGCAGGCUAAACCCAGCGAGGAGUGGGUGCAGGCUAAACCCAGCGAGGAGUGGGUGCAGGCUAAACCCAGCGAGGAGUGGGUGCAGGCUAAACCCAGCGAGGAGUGGGUGCAGGCUAAACCCAGCGAGGAGUUGGACGGCCAGCCUCCCGCCAAGAAGAAGAAGAUCGACCUCAUCUUCAAAGACGUCCUGGAGGCGUCCCUGGAGUCCCGGUCCUCGCUCCCCGGCGGCCUCCCCGUGCCGAAGCUAAAGGUGGAGGAGACGGAGGAGGAGAACCAGAGCAGCCAGGAACCCUGCACCUCCUUCUGCCCAAACUGUGUCCGACUGAAGAGGAGGAUCCAGGAGCUGGAGGACGAGCUGUCCCGAGUCAGGGGGGAGAGACGGGAGAAACCGAUGUCUGGACCGACCCACCCCGAUCAGGGUCCCGGGACCCAACGCGAUCAGGGCCCGCCCCACCCCGAGCAGGGCCCUGUCGAGGACUUUCAAGGGAUGGAGCCUCUGACGCCCUCUCAGGCGGUCCUAGACGAAGACGACCCGGACGUGGACUCGGCCGACGAGUCGAUCGCCGCAGAUCUCGUGAUUUCUCCGGAAGACUCGCUGAAGCUUUCGUCGGCCGUCGGCCGAGUUCGCCGCUUCAAGCAGGAGUGGCUGAAGAAGUUCUGGUUCCUGCGCUACUCGCCCACCCUCAACGAGAUGUGGUGCCACGUGUGCCGGCAGUACACGGUCCAGUCGUCCCGCACCUCGGCCUUUAUCGUCGGCUCCAAGCAGUUCAAGAUCCACACCAUCAAGCUGCACAGCCAGAGCAACCUGCACAAGAAGUGCCUGCAGCUGUACAAGCUGCGCAUGCAUCCCGAGAAGACGGAGGAGAUGUGCAAGAACAUGCUGCUGCUGUUCAACGCCGCGUACCACCUGGCCACGGAGGGACGGCCCUUCUCCGACCUGCGCGCGCUCGCCGAGCUUCUGAAGCGCUGCGAGCUCAAAGUGGUGGACCAGUACAUGAACGACGGAGACUGUCAGAUCCUGCUGCACCACAUCGCCCGCACGUUGAAGGAAGACCUGGCGGAGAAGAUGCGCCUGUCGCCCUUCCUGAGCGUCAUAAUGGACGCCCAGAACGACGAUCUGUUCUCAGACAUGGUGGCGGUCUACGUCCAGUUCAUCACCAACGAGGGCUCCCCGAGCACGGAGUUCCUGUCCCUGCAGAGGCUGAGCGUGGCCAGCGUGGACGGGUAUCUCCAGGCGUUGGAUCGAGCCUUCGGUGUCCUCGGCUUCCGGUUCCAGGACCUGCUGGUAGUCGGUCUGGGCGUGGACGGCACCAACAUGUCUUCGGGGAUGCGAGCGAGCCUGUACGUCGCGGUGCAGAAGAGUUUUCCGUGGAUCCUGUGCCUUCCCGUGAUGAUCCACAGGCCCCAUCUGGAGGUGUUGGACGCCAUCAGCGGGAAGGAGCUCUCCUGCCUGGAGGAUCUGGAGAACAACCUGAAGCAGCUGCUCAGUUUCUACCGCUACUCGCCGCGCAUGAUGGCCGAGCUGCGAUGCACGGCGCCAACGCUGUCGGAGGAGACGGAGUUCCUCGGAGACAUCCGAGCCAUUCGGUGGAUCAUCGGGGAACCAAACGUCCUGAACGCGCUCAUCAAAGAUUACCUGGAGGUAGUGUCCCAUCUGAAGGAGAUCAGCAGCCAGACGCAGAGGGCCGAUGCUGCAGCCAUCGCCCUCUCCCUCCUCCAGUUCCUGCUGGACUACCAGUCGGUGAAGCUCAUCUACUUCCUGCUGGACAUCAUCGCCGUCCUCUCGCGGCUCGCCUUCACCUUCCAGGGCGAGCACCUGCUGGUGUCGGCCGUGGAAGCCCGGAUCCAGGACGCCAUCCUGGAGAUCGGCCAGCUGGCGGACUGCCCCGGAGAAUACCUGCAGGAGUUUGAGGAAAACUUCCGGGAAAGUUUCAACGGCGUCGCUCUGAAGAACCUGCGCGUCGCCGAGUCCAAGUUUCAGUCGAUCCGGGAGAAGAUCUGCGACCGGAGCCGGGGGAUUCUGUCUCAGCGGCUGGACCUGCAGAGCCGCGCAUUCGCCAAAGCCUGCAAGGUCCUGGAUCUGGCCGCCUGGCCGCCCAACCGGGAGGAACUGCAGGCCUACGGCGAGGAAGAGAUCCAGGUGAUAUUCAACCAUCUGGAUUCUGUCCCGUGUGGCGGUGCGGAGGGUUCCCAGGCGCGCACAGAGGCGAGGGGCAGCCUCAACGUGGAGUGGAAGGAUCUGAAAGCCGACUUCUGCAGCAUGAACGGUUUCAAAGAAGUGGUGGGUCACAUCUGCAGGUACAAGCAGCGUUUCCCGCUGCUGAACCGCGUGGUGCAGGCCGUGCGGGUGCUGCCCAGCUCCACGGCGUGCUGCGAUAAAGGCCGCGGCGCUCUGACCAAGAUGUGCAGAAACAACCGCUCGCGGCUGACUCUGGAGCAGAUGAACGACCUGCUGGCCGUGGCCGUCAACGGGCCGCCCAUCGCCAGCUUCGACGGGAAGCGAGCGCUGGACAGCUGGUUCGAGGAGAAGUCCGGCGGCAGCUACUCUCUGGCGGCCGAGGUGUUGACCAGGAAGUCGGCGGCGGAACAGAAGUCCGUCCUGCACAGCGUGGACGUCAACACGGAGUUCUACCCCGACAUCUGACCGGCGGACGAUACGUUAAUACCGUUGUCACCGCCCGAUGUGUGUCGAGUGCCGAUGUGAGUCGCGCAUGCAUCACUUUGCGACAAGUAGCCUCCGAGAUGCUAACGGCUUUUUGUCUAUGAGCUAACGUUAGCAAUCGAACAAUCCUAGAUAGCUGAUAUGUUUUUGAAAUGACAGCUAGCUACAAGUUAGCAAUCAAACACAACAAAGGCUGUCACUUGAAUGGCUUUUUGAGCUAACGUUAACAAUCGAACAAUCAUAGAUAGCUGAUACGUUUUUGAAAUGACUGCUGGCUACAAGUUAGCAAUCAAACACAACAAAGGCUGUCACUUGAAUGGCUUUUUGAGCUAACGUUAGCGAUCAGACAAUCAUAGGUAGCUACAACGUUUUUGAAAUAACUGCUAGCUACAAGUUAGCAAUCAAACCCAACAAAGGCUGUCACUUGAAUGGCAUUUUGAGCUAACGUUAGCAAUCUAACAAUCAUAGAUAGCUACAAAGUUUUUGAAAUGAUUACCAUCUUCUGUUAUUGUAUGUAAAGAGAAACGCUUAUUUUAUGGAUUUCACAAAUUUCAUUAUGACACGUUAUACAGUAAACCGUUGAAAUCGCAGAAUGAAUGGAGGUCUAUGGAGCUAUACCCCUCAAAAUCCACUUUUCUCAGGAUAGAAUUUUUUGUCUAAUAAUUUGAAUGUUGCAUUCGA